CUGAAUUAUAUAGGGUGUCUCCGGUAUCGGCAUCGUAUGAUGACGUGCAAAUUUCUCUCGUAAAAUUGCGACAGAAGCGACAAACUCAGCCAAUUUAUGCAAAAAACCAGUAUGAAAGUGUGUCACAGAAUGCCAAUGGAACGGCCAGCGAUGCUCACAAAACCGCCGAAACAGCAACAACAUCGAACAUAUCAUCCAUUGUAGUACCAUAUAAUGUAGCCGAUAAACCUCUACUGGGUGUAAAUGGUACUGGCCAAAGAAAAGAUUCUGGCUCACAGUUGUCACAGCCAAAAACCACGAUAGUUUCCGAUCCUAUACAAUCGACGCUAGGGGCCGCGGCCGGUUUUGUACAGGAAACAAGCAGCAAUGAUCAAUCGACCGAAACUACCGAGGAAAAACUUAUUGAUAAUGUGGAUGUGCCGGAUAAUGAAACCGUUAGCGAAAUAGAAAAAAACAGUUAUACAGUCAACGUUACGAAUGAUCACCAUAUAUAUUACAAUAGCUCAAUAUAUGUCGAUAAAGCAGAAGCAGACCGAGUUUGGGAACAAAUCAAAAAUACAUCUUUCAAUUCAAUGCUGUCGCAGUCUCAUCGUCGGGCAAUGGUAUGAAAAAUACAUGAUUUAUAAAUUAUUUUGGAUCCUACAUCAAUCGAUUCAUAGUCUAGAAAGAAGUCUGAAAUACAUAGCAGGCUCAUUUUUGGAACAUACAGUUCCCUCACAAUUACGUUAAUAAAUUAAAACUAAAGCAGUGUACUUUUACGAAAAUGUUCCUGCUUGCGAUUGUGGAAAUUCAAAGCAAAAUACAUAGUUAUGAUAGCUUGUAUUGCAUUGCAUUUAAGUAAAAUAUUGCCAAUUUGGUUACCUUUUUCUUUUAUAUUCAUUUUUAACAGAUAUCAAUACGCGAAAGAUAAGAAGAGCCACUGAGGUAAUUCGGUGGUAUACAAAUGCAGGUAGUUCUCAAUGAAAGCCAGUUUUUCAAUAUUAGGGGCAAACUCAGAAAACCCCAUAUCCUACGAAUUUAUAUAGACAAAUUUAUUUAGUUGUUGUUCCCCAUAUGGCCAAAUCGCUGAAAACGAAACCAAGACAAAUUUUAUUUUCACAGAUUUCGCAAAUGUUUCAUUGAAUCGGGGUCAUACAUAUUCCAAGGUAUCGGGCAACAUAAAUACUGACACGAAUCUCCUUCCCUUAAUCAUGAGACACCUUUUUAAUGAAUGAAAAUCAAAAAAGUAUAACAAACAAAAUCGUAGUUUAUACUUAAAUAUCGCCAUUUUUGUACAUUAUAGGUUCUUAACUCCGCAUGAUUUAUAUAUAUUAUUUGUAAGUUAAAUAAAGAAAUAUUUGACAAACAAAUCUAUUAUCUAUUAUGUAUUUAUUCUAUAUAUAGCCGACAGUAGCAAAAAAAUAAAAUUAGCCGCCUUACUCUACUUCAGACAUGUUUUUUAAGUGAAAAACUAUUUGUAACGUAUACUAUUUGAAUUUUUGCGAAUAACACAACAAUAGCCAUUUGAAAACCUGAUUAUAAAAUUUACGCUACAGAUAUAUCACAAACGUAAAGUCUUUUUCUGUAACGUAACACUUCAGCUAAAAAACUGUACACCAGAUUUUGAAAACUUUUUAAUAAGAGAGUAGACUUUUUCUUUCAGCUUUAAAUGGUAGUUCCUAAAAUUGUAACAAUUAACAACAGGAUGAACAAUAUAUUUUCCAUUGAAUAAAGCAAAAUACUCAAGAAGAAGCCAAAAUGUAAUUUAACAGUCCGCUUAUUGAGUCAUAUAUAAUGUGACCAACCGUGCUUCUUU